GGCUUCGAGUUGCAGUCGUUGCUAGUAACUAAAAAGGACCAGACAUCUAAUGGUGGACGUUCCAAAGCAAAUGUGACAUUGGACUUAAUGUAAAUGCGAGUCAUAGAAAGCUUUGCACCGGAUGCAAGCGUGCGUGACAGUUAUAAAUUAAAAACUAAGUGAAGAAAAGUAUUCUAUGCAAGCUUAAACAAGUUGUUAGAUAAUUGAAGCAGACGACAACAUAUAUGAAAUAGACGAGGAACCGUGGCUCGUCAUGUUUUUUGAGCGCAUUUUGGAGCGAAAAGACAUUUCGUAUAAUACAACUCAUCCAGGUAAUGGGAAUAGCGACGCCAACGAGACUGACACUUAUCACUUAAGUGAAACGAACAAUGUCAUUGGCGAGGACAAAGACAACAAUAACAACAACAGCACUAACAUUAACGACAACAACAGCAAUCAGUCAAAUAACAGUGCAGAUCCAAACAAAAUGCAACGACGCUAUGAGCAAACUGCGGGAGCUGCUGUGCAGCUAACCUCGUUGUGGGAGCAUGUUUUACGUACGCGUCGAUUGCCGGAAACAAUUUGCCCAGCCGCAAUGUUUACCGAAUUCCAUGAAAGGUUGCAGGAUCCCGAGUGGCAGGUGCGCCAACAUGCAUUACGCGUCCUUGUCGACGUGUUGAUGGUGAUGCGAUCUAAGGCUGACAAGCAUAAUAUGCAUUUUUUAAUUGAUUUGAUCAAAAAUCUCGGACAUCAGGCACCGACUGUGCGAAAGGGUGCACUUGACUGCCUGCGAGUCUACCUGUCAGAGACUAGUGCUCCGGAGAUGGUCAUGCUCCAGAUAUUGGACACUGGGUUAAGCCAGCAUUCCAUCUACGAUGAACGGCUUGGCUGUGGAGUGCUGCUCUCCUUGCCGCCAUUAUUACAAUCGAUUUUGCUCACGCCACAACGUCAUUUUAUAGUAAAGCACGUUAUGGAGCGCCUGGUAGACCGUUUGCAACGUCAACAGACACAACAGGAGAUUAUUUUGAAGGUGCUGGCCAAAAUAAGGGAGCUGUUGGGUGUGCAAGAGUUUGAACAUUACUUAGACGAAGUGCAAAGUGUAGAUGGUCUGUCCCUCUUUAAUCAACUGUGCAACGUGUAUGGAAUAUUGAAUAAGUCCCAUCGAGCUGAAGGUGCAAAUACAGGCGCUUGGAGAGCUCUACCUCGGGAGCACACAUGGCGAGCGCCGAGUACUUCGCAGGAACAGCAAGAGGUCCCACAUCCAGAGAAAGGAAAAGUGAUUAUGGAAACGGAAAUUAAAAUCAACGAUGACACACUUACCAUGCGAAUUCUAGAGGCAGAAACUGAGACCGAAGAGAUAGAUAGCCCCAUUUUAGAAUCAGCGGAACUUGUGUGCCGUCCACUCCCCGCACAGCCGCCACGAGAAAUGGAUGCAGGGAUACUACAGAUAAUUAGCGACUCAGAACUGGAGGAAGUGAACGAAACUAAUAUUGGUACUCCCUUUCGUGGCUUGAAACGUGUAACAUUUGGUGGAGAGGUUGUUAAAAUGCGCACACCCGAUAGUGAUGCAGCUUCCUCUACGCACAAUAUCGAUAACCCUGUUCGAGACGUGGACGGACACCAGACCAAUACGCCACAGACUUCUUCUGUGUUAGAGGAACAACAGCAACCAGACAAAGACAAGAAUGAAGCUUUCAAAAUGACAGCUUUGACAUUGGAGAUUCCCAGCGAUAAUACCAAGCCCCUGCCCCGACCCAGAAGUGCACAAUCGCCACAGCGAAACAACACUUUUCUAAAGGACCAAGAACAGGCCACGCAAAAAACAAAUGCAACUACGACACAUGCCUCCCCUAAUCGAGACGUCUCUCCUACUUAUCGUAGUCGUAGCAUCAGUCCCGCAGGUAGCAUAACAACCAGUCCCAAAGUACCACACAAAGAGAUCGAAGUACUACACAAUCUUCAGCGGGAUACUGAUCCCUCGCCUCGGUCCUUGAGACGAAGCGAAAGCGUCACCACCGAAUUAAUUACUCCACCUGGAAUCACGACCGUUGUGCAAGCAGACCCACCAGCUACGCCAACUAGCUGGGAGGAUCUGGACAUUGUCAACUAUAAAACUAUCAUGGACUUGCGUUCAGGAGAUUGGCGCAACCGUUUACAGGGUGUAGCCCAGCUUGAAAUAGCUCUCAGCACAUCCAGCAACUUAGUGAAAGUGCAGCCCCAUCUAGAUAGCCUGCUGCGCACCUUACUGUCCUCGGAGCGCCACUUUGAGGUAGCUGCGCUGAAGCGCGAGGUUCUAGUUAAUCUCAUUUCACGCCUACCACUGGACAACUUAGAGGAACGGACGCCACAAAUAUUGUCCGGUCUCUGUCGCCAAGGCAACGCUGGAGCAAAUCGUGUGUGCAAAGCCCUCAUGCAGCGCCUGCCAGCAGGCACUAUAGUCGCUAAAUUGACUGCGCCCGAGUAUCUUCAUGCUAAGAGUUCAAAGUUUCGGGAUCACGCGCUACAAAUGUCCAUCUACUCGCUGAUGUCCUUUCCCGGCACAUGUUUCGACAUAAACAUCCUCGCAGCUCAAGUGACCUAUGCUGCACUUAAUCGCAAGCGUCGCGUACGGCAAGCAGCCUUAGAGGUAUUUUCAGUACUUGCUGAUAUAUCUUCGGUGGAUGAGGUGAUGCAAAUUGUUGCCGAGACAGUGGAUAGCAUAGAGUCAGGACCUGCGCUGCUGGCAGCUGUGAAAAUGCGUUUGUCCCGCCUCCAGCUGCCCAUAAUUACAACUGAUGGAUCCGUCCUAUACACAUUCCAUAAGGCAGAUCAAGCUGGGCGAAUGCGCUUUGGUGCAGAUGUGGACUGGAUCACGCAAGGCGAAGGCUCUGCGUCACCAAAUGCCGUUAAAAGACGUCGCCAGCAAUUGGCCAAUAAAAAGCGUUUGCAGGAAAGCAAAGAUGCAGAGGACAUGACGAAUCAAAGCUCUCCAAUAGACGAGAACUUGCACCGACAUUCAUUCCACUCCCCGCCCGAAGCGCUAGACAUGUCUCGCGCCUCUAAUGACUUUUUCAAAAAAAAAAUGUAUUGUACUAAUUGUAAGUAUGUUUGGGUCUUUAGGCCAAUAUAUAUGCCUAAUAAAUUGUUUGGCAUUUCAGCUAACUAUAUGGAGCGUCGCCUGGGAGCCAAGGCAUACUCUGAAUCAUCAAUGGAUGGCAGGAGCACUGACAGUACGACAACGUCCUGCAGUAGUGGCAGUGGCAGUGGAAGUUUCAUACAGUUGACUCCUUGUAAUUUGGCCAUUAAUAGGCGUUUGGCUCGACAAAAUUCGAGAUUUCCAAUUAUGAAGCGACAAACGGAUUUUAUUACCAAUUUUAUGCGCAAUAUAGAACGAAAGCCAUGUACGUACAGUUUUGAAGAUACAAAAGAUCAUCCGAUUGUGAAUCACGGUGUGCACAAAAGUCUCAAGCAGCAAGUCCAAAAGGAGCCAGCCGGACAAAAAAUAUACGUGGAACAGAAUUGGCUAGAGAGAAGCAGUCAAUCUCAAGCAAAAGCAAUAGCAAAAUUAAAGGAUCAGCAACUGGAAACAGCGCUGAACAGAGAUGUUCCAAAUGGUUCUAAAUUCAAAGUAAAGGCCGAAAUACCUAGUCAAGUUACAACAGCCAUCGAGCCACAGGCAAGCAAUCAUAACGGAGAAGGCUCUCCCCUAUCGAUCAAAUCAACAAGCUAUUCUCAAAAGUCAACCGCCUCGGCUAAAUCAUACGAUGUGGGCAAGCAGACCACGUCUCUCUCUGUUGAAAUGGACGCAACAAAUUUAGAAACACCAUUCGGGGAGCUAGUAGUCGACGACAUUGAGGAAGAAACAGAGUCUCCCUGCCAGGAGCCCGCUUUGAAACGGAAUGAAAGCGUUAGCAGCCUGCAAAGCAAAACGGAAAGCAUUAAGACUCAACUCGAGGAUGCAACGCCACAAAUGUCGCGUGCUCAAUCCAUGAAAUCGCUGGCUAUUGAAGAGGAGAUUGAGAGCGCCAAUAGCUUUGUCGUUGUUGAGGAUAUGCAGAAUGAGCUUGAAUCAACAGAAGUAGAGGCGGUGGCCCUUCACAAAUUACCAGAGCUACCACCGAGCAAUGAAGCACAGCUCCCAUCGGCCUCUCGAAUCUCAUCUAGCAAAAAGUCUGAAAUCCUAGAAGACGAUAGGGCCAUACACUCACGCAGUAUCUCACUCGACUCGCUUUAUGGGCGGCGGCCCAACUCAAAGCAAGAUUCUCUGGACACCAGUACCAGCACAACUGAUAAUAGCUCUCAAAUCGGGUCUCACUUUGAUCAGACCAAUCGGUUGCCUGCGAAGACACAACACACACCGUUGAAACAAAAGUCGAAAACAUCAUAUCUAUUGCGUGGUCAGCGACGCGUCUCCCCCGUUAAACAGGCCAUUAAGAUGUCGCAGACGGAGCUGUUUCCGCCCACUAUGUCAAGCUUUGAGAAACCACGGGAGGCUUUACUCAAGACAUUUGAUCAACUGGACUCGAAUAACUGGGAGGUAAAUAUAACCGGCCUGAAAAGCAUGGUGCGCCUGAUCCGCUACCAUGCGGAUUUUCUGGAUAGUCAUAUGCAUAUGACAUGCAUUCAACUCACUCGUUCCGUUCGUAAUCUGCGCUCACAAGUGGCUCGAGCAGCUUGUCAGGUCGCCACGGAACUAUAUACGUUGAAAUUCAAAUCAUUGGAGUUAGAAUGUGAUGAUCUAGUCUGCGCCCUGUUGCACCGCACGGCGGACACAAACCGAUUCCUGCGUGCAGAUGCCACCCGCGCCCUAGAGUCGAUGGUGGAUCACGUCCAGCCUGCGAAAGUUCUCAACAUACUGGCAGCCAAAGGAGCUCAGCAUCAGAAUGCCGUAGUACGCACUACGACGGCGAAGCUGAUGUUUAGACUGGUCGAACGUUUGGGCUGCGAUCGCAUCUACUCAAUGGGCCGUGAAAAUCGUGAUAAGUUCUUCACUGUCGGUGCGAACCUCCUACUUGAGGGCAGUCUCGAAACUCGUAGCUAUGCGAAGUCGCUGUUCCGAGCUCUAUCAGAGCACGCCAGCUAUCAGCGCUUGCUAUUGGAGGUCAUACCACCGCGAAUAUAUCGAAAUGUGGAGAAAACUUUAAGAAGCAUUACACGCUAGUCACUUAAUUUAGACAGUUUUUUAUGUAAAUAGCAAUCAUCUUAUUUUGAACUUUUUCGAUGUUUAUACUCUUGAUUCAUUGAUGUACAUGGUCAUUGCUUUCAAUUGCCGUUAAACCACUGUUCGACUAAAUAUUCCUUUCGUGGAAGCGGAGUUUCAAGUGAUAUGAUCCCAUAAAAAUCAAGUCACUUUAUUCUAUGGUAAAAUUGUUUUUGUACAGUGCAAUAUAUCUAAGCUUAUUAGACUUAUACAAAUAAAUGUUACAAUGAACUUAA